AUGCAGACAUCCUCGUCCCUCGGAGAAAUCCGGCCAUCCUCGUCCCACGAAGAAAUGCAGGCGUCCUCGUUGGCAAUGCCUAGGCGGCGUUUGGGGACCAAUCCGUUCGUGGGUGUCUGCGGUCGAGGGCGACUGUCUGUUCCUUGGGUGAGGAAGGGGGCUGUGGGACUGCUGGCGAGUCACUCCAGGGUUGCGUUGAGCCGGUUGGCGGGUCACUUGAGGGUUGACUGGGCAGUUCCGGCGGUUGAGUUUCUGGAAGAUAGAACUCAGAGGGGGUUGGCAAGGGUCUGGGAAGUG